GCGCAGUUGCACUGCUCUCACACACUCACCUACCAACACAGAUCAGUCAGACAGAAUUACACACACACACACUCACACACCUCUCAUUCCAACUCUAUCUAAUGCUGAGAUCCUUCUGACAGUUCACAUGUUAUCGGGUUCAUCUGAGCUCAGACAUCCAGUAGGACCCCCUCUGGUGUCUUUCCCUGUGUCCCCUCUGGGGUUCAGUCUGUAUCUCUGCUGGAGCUGGACCAAAACGCACAUCUCUGAUACACAUCCUAUGGACAAAGGCUUGAGUGAUAAGAGUUAGGUGGAGAUAGAGAAAGACAGACAGAGAGAUAGAGAGACAGUGGGUUGGGGGAUUGAAAAGCCUGAGCUGGUUGCUGAGGCAAGGCAAGGAACCGUUGUCAACAGUGACGCAGGAGCAGCAUGUCUCAGAUGAAACGAUACACUUACAGCAGGACCACCAGCAGCGGCAGCAGCAGGAUGAGUUCAGAUGGAGGGGGGCGGCCUAUUAAGGUGGGCUCUCUGGUUGAGGUCAUUGGUAAAGGUCAUCGAGGCACCGUGGCAUAUAUUGGAAACACCCUCUUUGCCUCUGGAAAAUGGGUGGGCGUCAUUCUAGAGGAAGCUAAAGGCAAGAACGAUGGCACUGUGCAGGGUAAACGAUAUUUCACCUGUCAGGAGAACCAUGGGAUAUUUGUACGCCAAUCACAGAUUCAGUUAGUAGAAGAUGGGGCCGACACGACAUCUCCUGACACACCUGAAGCUGCCACCUCCAAAAUGCUGAAGCGGGAGAUGAUUGAAGGUCCAAAGUCAAACAAAGUGCGAGGAACCAAACCCAAAAAGGUGCUGCAUGUUUCUCUAACCUCUCUUUCCAUUGCAAUGGCACCUACGACUCGUAAGACCACCACCAGAAGGCCCAAGCAAACGCGGGCUGGAGUGGGGGUGAAGGUGGGCUCAGGAUCAGCUUCUGCUGGAGAGAUGAGCAGCAGUGAACCCAGCACACCUGCCCAAACACCACUGGCUGCUCCAGUUAUACCUUCACCUGUGGGAACACUGCCUUCGCCGGGGGCUCCUCCCAUCCCGGGACCCAGCAAGGAAGAGGAGUCACUGCGUGCCCAGGUGAAGGAUCUGGAGGAGAAGCUGGAGACGCUGAAGAUGAAGAGGACAGAGGACAAGGCAAAGCUGAAGGAGCUUGAGAAGCACAAGAUUCAGCUGGAGCAGCUACAGGAGUGGAAGAGUAAGAUGCAGGAACAACAAAAUGAACUUCAGAAACAACUCAAAGAGGCCAAGAGGGAAGCUAAGGAAGCUCUUGAAGCUAAAGACCACUAUAUGGAAGAGAUGGCAGAUACAGCAGAUGCCAUUGAGAUGGCCACACUGGAUAAGGAAAUGGCUGAAGAACGGGCCGAGUCACUGCAACUGGAGGCUGACGCUCUAAAAGAGAGAGUGGACGAGCUGACCAUGGACAUGGAGAUACUCAAACAUGAGAUAGAGGAAAAAGGAUCGGAUGGAGCAGCAUCUAGUUACCAUGUGAGGCAGUUAGAGGAGCAGAAUGCUCGACUGAAGGAGGCUUUGGUGAGGAUGCGUGACUUAUCUGCAUCAGAGAAACAAGAGCAUGCAAAGCAACAGAAACUAAUGGAGGAGAAGAAUUUUGAGCUGGAUGCGCUGAGAUGCCAGAGAGAGAAACUACAGGAGGAAGUGAAGAUGUCUGAGAAAACGAUUGAUGAGCUCAAAGAACAAGUGGAUGUUGCUCUCGGGGCGGAGGAGAUGGUGGAGAUGUUGACCGAUCGUAAUCUAGACCUGGAGGAGAAAGUACGGGAGCUCCGAGAAACUGUCUCAGAUCUGGAAGCCAUCAAUGAGAUGAAUGAUGAGCUGCAGGAGAACGCCAGAGAGACGGAGCUGGAGUUGAGAGAGCAGCUGGAUCUGAGUGCUGCCAGCGUCAGGGAGGUGGAGAAGCGGGUGGAGGCGGCACAAGAAACAGUGGCAGACUAUCAGCAGACCAUCCAGAAAUACAGAGAGCUCACCGCACACCUGCAGGAGGUGAACAGGGAGCUGAUGAGCCAACAGGAAGCCAGCACCGAGCAGCAGCAACAGCCCGCAGAGAUCUUCGAUUUCAAGAUCAAAUUUGUGGAAACCAAAGCGUACGCCAAGGCCAUAGAAAUGGAGCUGCGUAAAAUGGAGGUAGCUCAGGCUAACAGACAGGUCUCACUGCUGAUUUCCUUCAUGCCUGACUCCUUCCUGAAACACGGAGGAGACCAUGACUGCAUCCUGGCUCUGCUGCUCAUCCCACGACUCAUCUGCAAGGCAGAGCUGAUCAGUAAGCAGGCCCAGGAGAAGUUUGAGUUGACUGAGAUGUGCUCUGAGAAGCCUGGCUUGAGAGGAGCCGUCGGAGAGCAGCUGAGCUUCGCUGCUGGACUCAUCUAUUCUCUCACACUGCUACAGGCAACACUGCACAAAUAUGAACAUGCUCUGAGUCAGUGCAGUGUGGACGUGUACAAGCGUGUGGGUUCUCUGUACUCUGAGAUGAGCGUUCAUGAGCGAUCCCUGGAUUUCCUCAUAGACCUCUUGUACAAAGACCUGCUGGAUGAAACAGUCAAUGUGCAACCCCUUACCAAAGCUAUUAAAUACUAUCAGCACCUUUACAGCAUUCAUCUCGCUGAACAGCCUGAGGACUGUACCAUGCAGCUGGCAGACCACAUCAAAUUUACCCAGAGUGCUCUUGACUGUAUGGCAGUGGAGGUGGGGCGUCUGAGGGCCUUCAUACAGACAGGACAGGGCGAGGAAGCAUUUUGUGUGCUGCUGAAGGAUCUGGACACUUCCUGUAGUGACAUACGACAGUUCUGCAAGAAGAUCCGUCGUCGCAUGCCAGGCACAGAUGCACCAGGCAUCCCAGCUGCCCUCAGCUUCGGAACUCAGGUGUGUGAGACCCUGGCAGAGAGCAGAAGGCAGCUGGCCUGGGUGAAUGCAGUGCUGCAGGAAGUGGCAGCGGCAGCCGCUCAGCUCAUCGCCCCUCUCAGCGAACAUGAGGGACUGCCAGACGUCAAACUGGAAGACAUGGCCUUUAAAGCAGCUGAACAGAUCUAUGGGUCGCAGGGCAUAAACCCUCAAGAGUGUCUGCGCCAGUCAUGCAGUGUUGUCAUAGCCACCAUGAACAAGAUGGCUACUGCUAUGCAGGAGGGAGAAUAUGACUCUGAAAGACCACAGAAUGGUAUAUCUCCUGUGGAAGUCCGAGCGGCAACACUAAGGGCAGAAAUCACUGAUGCUGAAGGACUCGGCCUCAAACUUGAAGACAGAGAAACUGUCGUCAAAGAGCUGAAGAAAUCCCUUAAAAUAAAGGGAGAGGAACUAAGUGAGGCCAGUGUGCGUCUCAGUUUACUGGAGAAAAAGCUGGACAGCGCAUCUAGAGAUGCGGAUGAGCGUGUGGAGAAGAUCCAGAUGGUCCUAGAUGAGACAAUUUCACUCCUGAAAAAGAAGGAAAAGGAGUUUGAGGAGACCAUGGAUGCUCUCCAGGCUGACAUAGACCAACUAGAGGCAGAGAAAGUAGAGCUUAAGCAGAGAAUCAUCAGCCAAUCAAAGAUGACCAUGGACGGCCUGAGAGGAAGCCAAGCCUCUGGCAUUGCCUCCAUUGUGACUUGUGGCAUCACUGCUGAAGAACAAAAAGGUGUAUGUGUGGCUGCUGGAGUGCAAGUGAUAGAUUCUCCACUGCUGACUCAGCAGAUUGAAGCUCAGCGACUCAGUUUAAAACACCUGAAGAACGAGAACAACAGACUAAAGGCAGAAAAGAUGCGUGCUCAGCUGGCAUCUCUUCCUCCUCUGAAUGUGCCAAAACUGGGCUGGCGAGAGGGCUGCAGGCCGGAGGUGCUGUCCAGCGCGCUCUACCGCAAAACAGACCAACUGCUGGAUACUCUCCUCCAGAUGAGUGCCAAUGUCAAAGUGGUGGACAUCACUGGGAAAUCUCCAGUGAGUCCCAGUGCGCAGCUCCUAGAGCAAACCGCAAGACUGCAGUCGCUCAGUGACACUCUCGAUAGGCUUAAGGAUGAGGUUGCUGAACAUGUAGUGACUCACAGGCCCGGUGCUCAAGUCUCGUCUGAUUUCGCCACUUUUCCCUGCGCUUCCUUUGUGAAGGCAAAGGAGGAGAAGAAAGGAGAUGCUGUGCUGGUUGGUCGUGUGAUGAUGCCUUGCACGCGAGGACAGGAACAGGUGCAUCGUCUGGUGCUUUCAAACACACAGUUACAAAGAGUUCAUCGCCUUCUCCAGACUUAAAAUAAUACCAAAAAACCAAACUUGCUCACAUUCAGUCUUCAAAACACACGUUGAAACAACAGAUGGUGACUGUAUCUACGGUUUGACAAGCCCACACAAGUCAAGCAUUUUGAGUCCUUUGAAUAUGAUUAUAUCUACCACACCAAAAUCUGUACAAUUAUACAAAAAGGCUAGACAUGCUGAGGACGUUUUAACUAUUAGACUUUAUUAACAUGGCAUGAAAUGGAGGAUUCCGCAUGAUCCCUGCUGCUUUAUAUCUGCAUACAUUUAAUAACUUUCUUUCUCUUCCUGAUUUGGAUUCCCAUUGAUCCAUGUUAACAAGUAUUUACCUAAAAUGAUUAAAGUUCAAACUGUGUAUGUUUAA